UAAAAAAUAUCCACAACCAAACACGCCCUGAAAAUUUUGGAAAAGAGCCCAGAUAUGAGAUAUGCCCAUGCCCAAGAGGAAAGGAUAGGAAUCCGGGUCGGAUAUUGUGACAAACACCCGAGAAACCGAUAUAUAAAAGGCCACGGAGGGCUACUUCUUUUAUGGGGAUUUUCUUCGCCAUCGGCAGAGGACUAAUGGAGGAAACUGGCGAUGCUCCUCAAAAUUUUCCAUUGCAGAAAUGCCGUUUCCUAAAAUACCCUUCAAAAAUUGUUAAAUUCUCUUUCGCUAACCUUCUUAUCUUUUUUUAUUUUUGUCACCUGGCUAUCUCAGCAGCUGCAGCAACUUCAAUUUCAUAUUCGAAUUUCCUUGCUUAUUAUGCACAACACUGUAACCACAUCGUCCCAGAAUCUCCAUCUACUGAGACCCGCAUGAACUUUGCUCUUGGCCAAGACAAAGUCCUUCACUUUGAUAUUGCUUAUUUCACCGGCGGCCAUCAAAUCCUCCCGAAAAGAGCUGUCACAGCCGAUUUUUCUGCCAUUUCGCUCUCUUUCCACCCAAAGAGAAAUACUAUUUCUCUUACUCAGACUCCUCACGUGCUUAAGUUCCAAGCGACUCUCAGAUUCCACAUUCCUGCACACUUUAACCUGACGUGGAAACGCAAUUUGAGGGAGAUCCGAUUCCGUCCACCGAGAAUUCCGAUCCGUGCAGGGUCUUUGAGUUUCGAGCUUUAUGGGUUUUGGUCCAUGGAUACUGGGAAGCUGUGUAUGGUGGGAUCUGGAUCGAGUCAUGCAAAUUUGGGUGUUGUAAGUUCUUCGAAUGUUGUUCUAAAGCUUAAUUAUCCCGUGAAUUUUAGUAAUAUUAGUAGCUUGAUUAGUGGAGUUUUGGAGAGUCUGAAUAACAAGGGCAGUUCGGGUUAUUUUGAGCCAAUUUCGGUUUUGGGUAUACCUCAUUUCGGUGAAUAUAAGUACACAUUGAUAAACAGAGGUAGCAGUGGCUUGUGCUUUGAUGGAAGUGAUGGUGGUGAAGAAGACGAUAAUUUACAUCUAGAUUGGUUAGAUCCCAGUGCUUGUUUAAGCCAAUUGUAUAAGUACGCUAGGACUUUUGAAUUGGAGUAUGGAAACGAGUGUGAUCAUAAUGGUGGUGGUAAGUGCGAUCCUCUUGGUGGCUAUUCUGGGACUUUGCCCUUGUUUAUGACAAUUCAAGGAAUUAGAUGUGAACGUGAAGGUGGAAUUCGGGCUUUGAUAGGAUUCUCAAACUCUGGUUAUUUUGGCUCUGGACCUUUCAGUUAUGAGAGAGUAUUUGAUCCUAAUAGAAUGUUAAUUGGUGAGGGAGUGUGGGAUGAGAAGAAGGACAGACUCUGUGUGGUUGCUUGUCGAGUCUUGCAUUUAAAGGAUUCAUUAGUUAAUGCUUCUAUUGGGGAUUGCUCAAUUCAAUUGAGUUUGAGGUUCCCUAGAAUCUUGAACAUUACACAACGGAAUACUGUUGUGGGAAAAAUUUUGAGCUCCAUAUCUGUAAAUGAGACUGGCUAUUUCAAUGAAAUCAGAUUCCAUGGUUCUGGGAAUAGGAUGAGGGGCCUUCCAGGCCUGAAGUAUCAGUACACUAUGCUUGACAGGAUAAGUAAAUCUUGUCCAAAACAGAACAUGAGAGGCACAGGAAAGGCAUAUCCCAAUGCUUAUUCGUCAGACAUGAGAUUCCAUAUGUCAGUGAGAAAUAGUGAAAGGCAAACAGCACAAGGUUAUUCAUCCCCAUUGUUCGUGGGUGAUCAGCUUUUCGAGCCCUAUCAAAUGAAUGCAAACAGUGGUCUUCUAAAUAUUAGCUACAAGAUGAGCUUCACUACUGCUUCUGAUUUUAAGAUGGGUAAUAAGCUUUUGUCAAAUGAAUCUAUAGAAAUUUCAGCUGAAGGGACAUAUGAUAAUGAGACAGGUGUUCUGUGCAUGAUUGGCUGUUCACGUCCAAUAUUCCUUCUUGAAAACUUAACAAAUUAUCAAUCAGAGGACUGUGAGAUUCUGGUCAAGGUUCAAUUUUCUCCAUUGAAUGCAAAGCGUGGGAAUAACAUCAAGGGAACCAUUAAGAGCAUGCGAGAAAAGUUGGAUCCUCUUUACUUCGGGCAACUUGAUGUAUCUUCAAACUCAAUUUAUACAAGCCAAGCUGCAGAAUCCAUCUGGAGAAUGGAUAUGGAGAUUACCUUGGUUUUGAUUUCUAAUACUCUUGCUUGUGUCUUUGUGGGGUUGCAACUCUAUCAUGCUAAAAAGAACCCUGAUGUGCUACCCUUCAUUUCCUUUGUGAUGCUUGUAGUUCUUACACUAGGCUACAUGAUACCUCUUCUGUUAAAUUUUGAAGCCCUGUUCGUGGCAAAUCAUAACAGACAGGACGUUUUCCUUGAGAGUGGUGGAUGGCUUGAAGUAAAUGAAGUAAUUGUGAGGGUUGUAACAAUGGUUGCCUUUCUUUUGCAAUUCCGUUUGCUCCAACUCAGUUGGUCUGCCAGGCAGAGUAAUGGAAACCACAAGAGUUUGUGGCUUGCUGAGAAAAGGGUUCUCUAUCUGGCUUUGCCAUUGUUUGUAGGUGGUGGGUUGACUGCUUGGUACGUGCACCAAUGGAAGAACUCCUAUAGGAGACCGUAUCUACGGCCACGCCAUAUGGGUUACCAGCGGGAUUAUCUUUGGAUAUACCUUAAAUCUUAUGCUGGUUUGAUUCUGGAUGGCUUUUUACUCCCGCAGAUAAUGUACAACAUAUUCUCCAAUUCUAGAGAAAAUAUACUCACCUCUCCCUUUUAUGUUGGCACAACUAUUGUCCGCGUGCUGCCUCAUGCGUAUGACCUCUACAGGGCUCAUAAUUCUACCUGGUCCCUUGAUUUAUCAUACAUAUAUGGAAAUCACAAACAGGAUUUUUACUCCACUGCAUGGAACAUCAUUAUCCAUUUUGGUGGUCUGCUGUUUGCUGCCUUAAUAUACUUGCAGCAGCGAUUUGGCGGCCGUUGCAUCAUUCCCAAGAGAUUUAGAGGAAAUCCUGAGUAUGAGAAGGUGCCUGUAGUUAACAGCGAGGAAAUGCAAGAAGCCGUUCACUGAAGAUAUUAUAGUUUGUAUAGUGAAUACUGCUUUUGAUGCAUGUUGAAUACUGCCUUUGUUUUAAGCACUUAGUGAAUAUAGAGUUUGUUAUUGAUUUCUGAUUCAACAUUCUGGAAAUGUGACAGGUUGUCAAGAUCAGCCGAAUAUAUUCUUGAUAAAAGCUAUUAACACAUGCGUUUUUGAA